GCUCCACAUUUCAGACCCGGGGUACGGGGCUGUUCCCGUUGGUUGCUCCUGGAGAUCUGAGAGGUUUCCGCCAGGAAGUCUCGGCCUCCCCAGUACUCCACGAACUUUGCUUUGGACUCAAGCUUCGAAGCUUCGCCUUGGGCCUUCUCCCACGAUGAAGCUCCUGCUGCUGACUUUGGCUGCGCUCCUACUCGUGUCCCAGCUCACUCCAGGUGAUGCUCAGAAAUGCUGGAAUCUCCACGGCAAGUGCCGCCACCGAUGCUCCAGGAAGGAGAGCGUCUAUGUCUACUGCACAAACGGGAAGAUGUGUUGCGUGAAACCCAAAUACCAGCCGAAGCCAAAGCCAUGGAUGUUCUAACUGCCCAGAAGCCUGAAGCCCAGAUAAUACAGAUGGCAAAGCUGUCCUAGGUUGACCCCAUGGAUUCUUGAGUUCAGUCAAUAAACGUGCUUGCCUAACCUCA